CUUCAAUCUAUUUCUCAUCAGUUCUUUUACGUUCUCAUAUCAGACUACGGCAGAUUUUGCAAAUAUGUCGAUGGAUCUGGAUGCGCCGGUCCCUUUUGCGGCCCAGGAACAGAUAAAUGCGACUAUCCUCUGUUGUAAUUGCGGUGCCCCCAUUGACGGAACCACAUCAGCCGGUGCGCUUUGUCAGGACUGCGUGAGGACAACAGUCGAUAUAUCUGAAGGCAUACAAAGAGAAGCAGGGCUUCACACUUGCAAAGAUUGCGAACGAUGGCUCCUACCUCCCACCAGCUGGGUCAGCGCAGCUCUUGAAUCCAAGGAACUGCUGGCGCUGUGUCUACGAAAACUUCGAGGCCUAUCCAAGGUUCGAAUCAUUGAUGCCAGUUUCAUCUGGACUGAGCCUCAUUCCAAACGUAUCAAAGUCAAGAUCACCAUCCAGCAGGAGGCAUUUCAAGGUUCCUCUACCAUUAUACAGCAAGGAUUUGUUGUAGAAUACGUUGUUUCUUCCCUUCAAUGCCCAGAUUGCCAGAAAUCCUUCACCCCUAACACUUGGCGGGCUGCUGUUCAAGUACGGCAGAAGGUUCCUCAUAAGAGAACGUUCUUGUAUCUGGAGCAGCUUAUUCUCCGGCAUCGCGCACAUCAAGAUACAGUCAAUAUUAAGGAGGCAAAGGAUGGAAUAGACUUCUACUACAGUCAGCGAAGUCAUGCAGAGAAGAUGGUUGAGUUCCUGUCUUCGGUUGCUCCUGUCAAGGUCAAGAAGGCAUCUGAGCUUAUUUCCAUGGAUAUACAUACAUCUACAAAGUCUUACAAGUUCACCUACUCGGUUGAGCUAAUCCCUAUCUGCAAGGAUGACCUUGUCGCUCUCCCCAUCAAGCUUGCUCGGUCUAUAGGCAAUAUCUCGCCACUAGCACUUUGCCACCGAGUCGGUACUGCAGUCAAUCUGCUAGAUCCUAAUACCCUACAGACCGCUGAAGUGCCAACGGGUACUUACUGGAGGUCACCCUUCAGAAACCUGGCAGAUGUCACGCAGUUAGUUGAGUUCAUUGUCAUGGAUAUUGAACCUGUGGGUCGUUCAAACGGACGAUUCCAUCUUGCCGAGGCAACCGUUGCCCGGGCAUCAGAUCUAGGCUCAAAUGACCAGACCUACUUCACUAGAACUCACCUAGGUGGGGUCCUUCAUGUCGGUGACUCCGUAAUGGGGUACCAUCUGACUGGCACGAACUUUAACGACUCCAACUUCGAGGCUAUCGAGGCAAGCAGUCAGUACGGCUCUACAAUUCCGGACGUCAUCCUUGUGAAGAAGCACUAUACUCGUAAGAAGAACAAGACUCGCAACUGGCGGGUUAAGCGUAUGGCUCUUGAGCACGAGGAGGAAGCACUCCAUAGCGCUGCUGCCGAAAACAGGAAGCAGGAACAGGAACGUGAACGCCUUGAGGCGGACUUCGAAAUGUUCCUACGGGACGUCGAGGAAGACCAAGAGCUGCGUGGUACUAUUGAAUUGUACAAGGCCAGGAAAGCCCGCGAACAGAAUGCUGGUGGUAUGGAGAUGGACGAAGACAGCGACGACGAUGGUGUGCCUAAGAUCAAUAUGGAUGAGUUGCUUGAUGACUUUGACGAGCUGAACAUGAACGAUGAAUGAGUCCUGUCAAAACAUGAUCAUGAUUUCACACAAAAGGUCUGGCGUUCAUUGGAGACAAUUGAUUUAGGCGGUUUCUAGAAGGUCCGAGUAUAU